GGCGAAAUAGCAACUAGGAACAACAUCUUCCGGAAGCUUACAGGAUCAUCCUGGGAGGCUCACGCAGAUAUCAUGAGAGCAAACCUUAUAACUCUGCAGAAGAAUACUUUACUUCAGUUUAGAAGAAGUAAAAGAAGACGGCUGGUGACAGAUUGAGAUAUCAAAAUAUAUACGGUACCAAAUAUAUGGUGGAAUAUUACCACCACAAAUGAGUUAUGAGUAGUCUGUUUUGCAACAAAGGCUGGAUCAAGAAGCAGCUUUCUGGGAGAAAAUGAAGAUGAAGUAGUGAUUGCAGUUGUAGAAAGAAGAACGUCCAAUUGUCUCUCACUACAAGAUAGACUGAUGAAAGGCUGGUGACUGGAGAACACUCAAUUGGUUUAUGACUGGUUCUCGCCAGGUGAGAGCAUUAUGAAAGAACUUCUUACUCCUGGUCUGUGAUAAUCUCAGUAUUUCAUGCUAAAAAGAGAACCUAAAUUUAGCGAAUGAAAAGGCGAUAAAUAUCGGGAAAACUUAAUCUGAUUCGAGUCCAUACAUGGAAAGAGAAGAUUUGAAACAAGCUAUUUCACUGUGAGUAAGAUGCCUCCACCGACGGUUGCAGACUCCGCCGGAGGGCUAAACUCUGCUUUGGAAGGAUUGCCCAAGCAAUUCGUGCAUGCAAUGAGGACUCUCUUCGACAUCAUGGACGACAAAGGCUAUGGAUUUGUUGAAUUCAGAGAAAUCCAGAACCGCUGGCAGGACGACGGCACGAAGGGGUUGCCGAAGGGUGUCAUCGAGAGUCUAGGCAAGGUAACACCUGCCGACGGUCUGCUCACGUUCGACCGUUUUUGCGCCGGACUCAAAAUGUGCCUCCUCAAGAAUCAAACCGCGCCCGCCGACUACCGGGCAGUUGCGUCACAACCACCGCCGCAGCCACAGCGACCGCCAUCGGCGCCGCUACUCGACGUAGACUCCACAGCAACCGCAGUCGCCAACAAGCAGCAACGCACCCUAGUCAACACCGCUAAGGUGCGACCGAACAACGCAAUGGCGCAACAACGCACACUGAGCAUGCCGCAACUGGUGAUGGCGGGCGGUGACUCAGGCGUGGGCAUUCCCAUCAUCAAGCCGCAACCGCAGCCGCAGCCCAUGUACAGCAUGGGGCCGCCCAAGCCUCCGCGUACUGCCGCCGGAUUGGAGCGGGAGCGAGAGCGCGACCACCGCACCGCGGAGAUACGCACUGCCCUUCAUAACUGGCAGCUAGGCCUCAUGCGACUGCCGCCCAACCGCGUCAGCGGCGAUGGUCUCUCUGCUGGUCACUCGGACCAAGCGAAUGCGGUUCAAGCUCAGCAGAAGAAAACAAAUGGUCGCCGGCGGGAGCCGAGAAGGCACACUUUGCAGAAUGGAAUCGAUUACAAUAUGUUGAAACGUAUGAAACAAAUUGAACAAGAGAAAGAGAUUCUUCAGUUGGGCCUGCAAGCAGUAGACCGAGCUCGUGACUGGUAUCUCAAGCAGAUGGCUGCAGUUCACGAUAAAAUGAAGUACCUUGGACGCAUGGGCUCUCACACGGAGCAGUUGAGCGAGGCGCAACAGGAGAGGGUGGAGCUGCAGCGAGCUCGCGUGCUGGAGGUGAACAGACACUUGGCCACCCUCACCGACGGAGUGCCUCUACACAUGAACCUCGCCCUCAGCGCCCCGCCGCCACACCUCAUCACCCGGCUCAACCAGCAGAACCACUUUCUCAACGAGGAGCUGACUAAAAAGAGCGAACGAAUCACAUCACUUGAAAGAGAGAAAGCUACACUAAUACGAGAACUUCUGCAAACAAGGGCCCAAGCACGUCGAAUAGAACCCUCGAAAGAUGGCAACACAUUCGUGUCCAACAUUUAGCCGGCCACAGGAAAGCUGGAAGAAUGUUUACCAUAACCAAACGCUCAUCAAGUGCCUGUGCUCAAACGAUACGUAUUUACACCAGUUUCAAUAAGAAUUUUUCAAUUUCCUGCUGCUCAUAAUUUGUAGUUAGUGAGGUGUGGCGCGAUUGAGGCACUUAUUGUGACGUGUGCUAGGUGACACGUGUUCCUUGGGAAUCAUCCACUAGGAACUGCAUACCGCGACGUCAGAUACAGAAUAAUGCCAACUUGUCACGUGCGACACGUGAAACUGUGUAGAGUUGACGAUUUGCGGCGAUCCAUAAUAAUCAUGCAGUUUAAAAGUAACGUGUGCUAUCGUGAGUCAUCUCGCAUGUGCUAUGCAACAAGUGUUACAAGUUGCGUGUGGACUAAUACUAGUACUAUACUAGUACUACUAAUUGUAGGUAGCCUAUAUGGCUACAAUGAAUAAUAAUUUUAAUAUCAGGGAUUCAAGAGAAAUUUCACUUGCAGAAUAUGAUCUCAUGUUGCGGUGUCUUCCAUUACUUAUCUAUUCAUUUUUACUUUCCUUGCCCUACUACCAUAGGUAAGGAAAGUAUUGCUUUCCAAAAAAAA